AUCAAGCCGAAGUUAUUGUGUAUUAUUAAUUAAAAAAGGAAAAUUUGCAGUGGUUUUAUGUUGAUAUGAAGACGUUCAUUUGUAUGUUGAUAUGGCUAGCACUUGUUUCUCAAUAUGUAAAUUUUGUAAAUGCAUGGAAAUAUUGUCAAUAUGUAAAUUUUGGUAAAUGCAAUUGUUGGACAAAAUAUGAGAUGUUUUACUUUCAAAAUGACAAUGGAAAUAGUGAUAGUAUUAAUGGAAUUCAUUUGUAUUGUAUUAACACCACUUUGCAAAUUCAAGUAGACGAGUAUAAUAUUCAUACGAUAUCAAUAUAUAACUCUUCGUUGGGAGUGCUUAAAGAGCCACCUAUCUCUCAUCAGGGAAUAUUUGAAAAUUUACGAAAGCUGGAUAUUUCAGACAACAAUAUUAUUAAAAUCUUACCUGGCUUUUUUGCCCCAUUUUCUGGAUUAUUAGAAUUAAAUUUAGCUGAUAACAAUAACUCCAAUUUAAUCGAAGGAGUCUUUUCAAAUCUUCAUAAACUUGAAAUAUUAAAUAUAUCAAACAAUAAUAUUGGACGUCUCGAUGAUCAUGUAUUCUUAGGAUUAACUAGAUUAUACAUGUUAGAUUUAAGUAAUAAUACUUAUUACUUAAUAUUACUUAUAAAAUAUAUCACUUCUGUUACAUUUGCGAGUAAUACAAGAUUAGAAAUAUUAAUUUUAAAUAAUAAUUAUUUUAUGACAAUCGUUACUAUUCCAGAAUCUAUAAAAUCGUUAUAUGUUUCAAAUAAUAAUAUAAGUGAAUUUAGAAGUUAUAGCAAUUUUGAAAACCUAGACCUAAGUUUCAAUAAAAUUAAAACUGUUGAGAUUGACACAAAUAUAGUUAAUCUUAAUUUAAGUUACAACAAUAUAAUUGAUAUAAACAUAACUGGAAAUAUUCAUUUCUUAAACGCCAGUCAUAACAAUUUGACAUCUGUGAGAGGUCUAAAUAACAGGAAUAUUGAACGAUUAGAUUUAAGCUUCAACAACAUUUCAGAGAUGGAACCAAAUUCAUUUUUCCACACCACUAAAUUAAGAUAUAUCAAUAUUCAGCAUAACUAUGUCAUAAACAUGCCUUCAAAUAUAUUUUUAAAUCUUACUAGUUUAGAAUAUCUCGAUAUAUCUUUUAAUUUAUUUUCAAGAUAUCAACACGGCAUAAAUAAUAAUUGGGCAAACAUAUUUACUUUAAGAUCGUUAAGACGUGUUUCACUAACACACAAUUUUUGGAUUUGUGCAGAUUUAAAAGAAAUAAUAUCUGUACUACACGCUCGACGUGUAGAAAUAAUAAAUGUAGACAGAAAAUAUGAGAGAAGUAAUAUUUUAGGAAUUGAGUGCCUUGAUAUAGAACAGAACCAAUCUGCGAAAACAUUUAAUGUAUCUGUAUUACAUUGGCAACUUGAAAGUGAAAUUUCUGAAAAAGUUAACGAAGUACAAAGGCAAAUGUUAAAUUUAUCCGCAUCAAUUAACCAACAAAUGGCAGAAGUAAAGGAUGAAAUCAAUGAUGUCAAUAGCACAAACGAACAUUUACAAAAUGAAUUUUUAGGAUCGUUGAACUUAAGUAAUACAAUGCAUCUAAAUUAUUUAAAGGAAGAUAUUCGAAAUAUGAGUGAUAAGAUAAAAUCUUUUUACAAUUAUUCAAAUAUUGAUAGUAAUAAUAAUGUUUUAUCAGAUAAAAUUUUGUUGGAUUGUUUGAAAAAUCGACCCAAAAAUAUUAGUUAUUGUUUUUAUAAAUUAAUUGAAAACGAAUUGAUGGUACUGAUGGAGAUGUCCGAUACAAAAUAUGAGAAAAAAAUCGAACAAAUGUCGAAAGAUUUAAAAGCCCUUUAUGAGAAAUACGAUUAUACACGAACUAUACCUCUCACUAAUCAGAGUACGGGCUUUUUUACAUUUUUUCAAGUACUCACACUCAUGUUACUAAUAAUAAUUGUUUUGGCUCUAGUAUAUAUCGGUUACAGCAUAAAAAAGAGAAGAACUGACUCGAUAAGGAAAGAACAUAUUGCUUUACUGUAGAAGUAUUAUUACAUAACUUGUUCAAUUUAAACCUAACGCCCUGUAUAUUUUUUCAACAAUUAGUUAAUUUAAUAUAAUAAUAUA